AAGUGCUUUUUCAAAAAUACUUUGGAAGAAAUAUCUUCCAACCUGGAACCUAGACCGCCAAUUUAUACCGAUGAAUCAAAGUCAUCUCUACAUAAUCGGCUGUACAAUAAUCUACAAGAACAAGAUAGUAAACUAUUACUAUGACUAUUUGUGUAGGCAUCACCAGGACUUGUUGCCGACCGCCAAGAUGAGUCUUUUGUGAAUAUCUUACUCCAAUAUAUUGGGUUAAUGCGACGAAUCUAUUCGAUUGAGAUAUAUAGGCUGGACAAAAAUAAUGGACCCAAAUCCAUGGCAACUCACCCCAACGGGCUGAAUUGACUUGGUGAACCCAUCCCAGUUUGAUGCAUGUUUCUCACACUUUAGUUGAAAAAAUUAACAAAGGAAAAGAAAAAGGCUGCUAGGAAUACCGCGGCAUCAAGCUGGAAUCGGAAUUGUUUUCUUCAAGCCAUGCCAUCAUCAUUGCUGCGCCCCGCCUCCAUUCCCUUUUCCACCUUUCCCACUUUUCCCUUUCCUCAUUAUCGAUCUCUUCCCCACCGAAGCAUCCCCAUGCUCUUUCCAUGGCUACAUCACCGCGAACCUCUAGGGAUCUAUUCCUCUUCCGCGCUCCACCUCCAUCGCCGGCAGCCAUGCCUCGCGACACCUCGCCCGAACCUCCCGAAGACGACGACCUUUCCAGAUUCCUCAAACGUUCCCGCCGCGUUCCGGAGCUGAUGUUGCCGCAUCGGAAUCCUCUGGAAAUCGAUUUGAAGUCAUUGAUCUCGGAGGAAAGGGGAGGAUCGGAGGAGGAGAAUCUACGCUUGGCGGCGAGAUCGAUGGGCUGUUUCCAGAUCAUUAACCAUGGGAUUGAGGAGAGUUUGAUUCAAGCGGCGGUUGAAGGAGCGGAGGGGAUUUUUGGGUUGCCGUUGGAGAGGAAGAAGGAGGCGGCGAGAUCGCCGGAAAGAAAGUGGGGAUUUGAAGUGGAGGAGGAAGAAGAUGUAGGAGGUAGCGAUGAGUUCUUCUGGUGGAGCGACGCAGCAGAAGGAAUGGCGGGAGUUUUGCCGCCAGAGUGCGAUGCUUUUAGUGUCAAAAUGGAGCAGCUUCUAAUGAAAAUAAAGAAAAUGGCGCGAGAGCUUGAGCUUAUUUUAAUGGAUUCCGAAAGCUCCAUUAAAUGGAGAAAAGAGAAGAAUGAUAUUAAAGAUGACAACAUGAUUGUAUGUCUCCGCAAGCACAGGCGAAGCAAAGAAGCAAUUUUUAAUGAAGAAAGGGAAGGUUUUGAUCUGAAUCAGGACGUGCUGGGAGCGUUUUUGAGGAGCUUGGGUUGCUCGCACGCUCUCAGCUUCCAUGUCUUCGCAGGGGCUUCCAGCUUUCGAGUUUACUCUAAACAAGCUCUGGUUUCAUUUCGACCUGCUAAUGCCGCCAUGGUGGUCACCAUAGGAGACCAGAUGCAGGUAAGUUUUAGAGGAAUGGUCUAAAUAUAUAGGAAAAUAUUUUUCAGGCAUUUACUUACCUAUCAUCCAAUUCCUAUGUAUUUACCUAUAUAGUUGAAUCCAUAUUUGCCCUGUGAAUCACACCUAAGAAAUAUAAGAUAAAAUAAGAGAGAGGAAAAGAGUGCACAUUAAUGAAGAGUAGAAUGAGGG